AAAAACAAUUCCAGAUUUCUUUGUCUUGGGAACAAUGACAACGAUCUCUGAUCUUUCAAAAAAUUUGGUAGAGAAGAUACUCUCGAGGGUUCCCAUAGCUUGUGUGGGAGCGGUGAGAUCGACAUGUAAACAAUGGAACACUUUAUCGAAACGUAAGUUGUUGUGUAAAGCAGAGGCAAGGCAUCAGUUUCUAGGGUUCAUGAUGAAAAAGUAUAAGCUUUGUUCAGUUAGAUUCGAUCUGAACGAAUUUGUGGAUCCAUCUAUAAAGGAAUUGGGUGGUUUUCUUAAUCAAGUGGAGAUAUCUAACGUCUUUCAAUGCGAUGGCUUAUUUUUAUGUGUGACCAAAGAAGACAACACAAGGCUCGUCGUAUGGAACCCUUAUUUGGGUCAAACCAGGUGGAUCCAACCUCUAAACAAUUACCACAUACUAGACAGGUAUGGUUUCGGAUACGACAAUAACCGUAAACACAAAAUCUUGAGGUUCUUGGAUGAUCAUGAAAUAGACCAGAGCCAUGUUUUUGGGUACGAAAUCUAUGAUUUUAGUUCUGGUUCAUGGAGGGUUCUUGAUAUCGCUCCCAACUGGGAUAUAGAUUCUUAUCAACGCGGUGCGUCUUUGAAGGGAAAUACUUAUUUUAUUGCCAAGGAAAAAAUCCUUUUUGGAGAGGAUGGAGAGAUACCAGAGCCGGCAGAUCAUUUACUUUGUUUUGAUUUUACGAGGGAGAGCUUCGGACCGUUUCUUCCUUUGCCGUUCCACCACUUUCGCUUUGAUGCUGGAGCUCUAUCUUCUCUUAGAGACGAGAAGCUCGAGGCGUUAUAUCAGAGCGUGGAUAGAUCAGAGGUGGAGAUUUGGGUUACAAGUACGAUUGAGCCCAAUGCGGUGUCGUGGAUCCCUUUCUUAAAAGUUGAUAUGAAACCACACUAUGGUUCUGGUUUUCAGUUUCAAAACUAG